AUGUUAAUAUCAGUUGACAGUAAUAAUCUUAGUUUUGUUAACGAUUUGAAUCAUGCUAAGGAUAUGUGGAACAUGAAGGCGAGAAUUAUACGAAAAUGGAAUCAGAGUUACAAAAUGGAGAUCAUCUUCAUUGAUGAGAAGGGUGCUAAGAUUCAAGGAGGUAUUAAGAGUCAUCUGAUACCUGUUUUUGAUGGGCAGCUGCAAGAAGAUGCUGUUGUCAUUCUUUCGAAGUUUGGUGUUGGUGAGAAUAAAGAUUUAUAUAAAGUAGUAGCGCAGCCUUAUAAAAUCAACUUUUAUAGAUGCACAACUGUUACUCGUGUGAGAGAUUGGCAAGGUGUUGAGUAUGGUUUCAAUUUCAGAGCUUAUGAAGAUAUUCUUCAAGGAGAGGCGUUAAACGCUUUGAGUGUUGAUGUUGCUGGAUCUGUGAUUUCUUGUGGAGAUCUUGAAAUCUUUGAUCGACCUCCAAAGGAGACUAAGAAGUUGAAUUUCGAUAUUGAAGAUUUGGAUGGUAAGGUUUUGCGGGUUAUUGUAUGGAAUGAUUAUGCGCUGCAGAUUAAGGACUUCAUUUCUAAAGUCCCACCUCAUGAGCAUGUGAUGGCCGUUGUACAACAUGUAAAGUGUAAGGAAUGGAAAGGUGAAUAUACAGUUCAAAGUGACAUGUUUGCAACACAAAUUUUUCUGAGUCAAGAAAUUCAUGAAGUUGAUGAGCUAAGGAGGAGGCAUAUAUUGAAGUUUGGACAAGGGAGUAGUUAUACUUCUCAGACGAUACUAUCGUCUCAGAGUAUUUUUCCAUUACAUAAAGAAUAUGUAACUGAAGGUGUGAAGAAACAUGUUGAUGAGAUUAGCGAGAUAGAAGAGGAAAUGUCUUGUGUUGUGGUUGCGACAAUUAAGAUUGUGCAAGAAGAGUAUGGUUGGUUUUAUGCUGCUUGUCGUAAGUGUUUCAAGAAGGUGAUGGGUAAAAGUGAAUAUUUGCAUAAUGUUGAGAAUGUUUCAGAUGAUAUUCUUCGAUUGCCUGCGACUUCUUUGGUUUGCAUCAGAUGUCAUACUGAAUGUACAUCGAUCACCACAAAGUUCAAGGUGCAAGUGCGGGUGCAUGAUGAGAGUGGUAGUGUUUCUUUUGUUAUGUUUGAUAGAGAUGUUCAGAAGCUUCUUGGAUUAGUGGCGAGUGACAUAAAAGAGAGGCAGGUUAAGGCCAAUGAUACUGGAUUCCUUCAUGAGAUAUUUCGAUUGGUUGAUAAGAAGGCUGCUUUUAAGAUUGAUGUUUCAGAGUUCAAUCUUAAAAAUGACUAUCGUGUUUAUACUGUGCAAAAAACAACUGAGGAUCCAGUAAUAAUUGCUGAGUUGGUUGGUAGAGAUGGUAAUGGUGAUGAAAAUUCUGAUGAGGAUACUCAAGAGGUAGCUGACGUUAAAGACGUUAACCUUUCAGACUCUUCUCAGGUGUCUGGUGAACGAACUUCAAGGGAUGUUGUCUCUGUUACGGCCGACUCUUCAGUCGUUGAAGUUGAAAAGGAUUCUGUAUCAAGUCCGAAUGAAAAGCGGAUGGCUCAAGAUGCUGAUGUUACCAACGUUGGUGAGCUAUCCACUAAUGUGAGAAGAACCCGGAAGAAGCUGACUAAGGUUAACUAUUAGAUGCUUAUGAAAAAACAAUUGUUAUGAGAGAUAAGUAGAAACCACUUAUUUUUGAAGAAUCCUUGUGGUUUUUAUUUAUGUCUGUUAACUGUUGUUUUAACAAACUGUGGUUAAAAGUUUUGUUUGUAAUGGCUACAAUGAUGAAUAUGUUAUGAAACAAGUAAGGUUAACCUUUAUUAUA